AUGGGAGAUUGCGAACAAGUAACUGGAAAAGGGAAAGCCAAGAAAGAUUAUAGUGCUUGGAGUGUGGAAGAGAGCAAAAUGUUGUUGCAGCUCAUGGUUGAUGCUGCAUCUCGUGGAUGGCGUGAUGCCAAUGGCGUGCUAAGCAAGCUUAUGCGUCAUAACUCUGGGUUUGGGUGGGACUCAACCACAAAGAAAUUCACUGCUCCUGAAGAAAUUUGGGAAGACUACUUUAAGUCCCAUCCAACCCACAGGCAUAUUCAAACAAAAACUUGUGAGGACUAUGAGGAUUUGCAAAUUGUUAUUGGGAAUGCAACUGCAGUUGGAAAAAACUCAUUAGGAUUGGGUGAUGGUACUGAUGCAAGAACUUUUGGGGUGGAAGAUAGACAAGUUGGAAUAGAAGACUUUGUUUAUGAUAAUGACACUCAGGCCUUUGUACCAAAUCAUAAUGAAGCAUCACACCAAGAUCCACCACUCGGACAUUCUUCUUCAUCCUUACCUUUUCAGGCCAAUAUUUGGACAGGUCCCUCAGAAAGCUCAAGCCAGAGGAAACGAACUAGACCAGAGCAUGAAGGGAAUGGUAGCCAAUAUGAGACAUGGAGUCCAUAG